AUGGCUGGAGGCGAACUUAGCCCUCAAUCUCCAGAAGACGAUCCUGAUGUUGCUGCAAUCGUUCAGCUGUGUUUGGAAUUAGAGGAGUCAAGUCCCGACCUACUGCAGCCUCCUGACGCUCAACCACUCGUGCAGCAGCCGCAGGAAGCAGCGUGGCAGCAGGCGCAGCCGCAACAGCAGCCGCAGCAGCAGCCGGAGGGUGCAGCGUGGCAGCAGGGGCAGCCGCAGCCGCAUCCGCAGCAGCAGCUGCAGGGAGCAGCGUGGCAGCAGGGGCAGCCGCAGCCGCAGCAGCAGCUGCAGGGAGCAGCGUGGCAGCAGGCGCAGCCGCAGCAGCAGCUGCAGGGAGCAGCGUGGCAGCAGGGGCAGCAGCAGCAGGAGCCGCAGCAGCAGCCGCAGCAGCAGCCGCAGCAGCAGCCGCAGGGAGCAGCCUGGCAGCAGGGGCAGCCGCAGCAGCAGCUGCAGGGACUGGAAGAGCAGGGCAGGCCGUUGCAGCAGAAGCAGGUGCCGCGGCAGCUUCCGCGGCUCCAGCCGCGGACGCAAAGUCAGCGGGAUACUCAGCUGAAUCCGUCGCCAGCACAGUCGCGCGCACCGUCUGUGGAGCAGCAGGCGCCACAAGUGCAGGCGGUGCAGUGGCAGGUGCUGCAACUGCAGACGCUGCAGCAGCAGGUGUUGCAACUGCAGCCAGUGCAGCUGCAAGUGCAAUCGGCACAGCAGCUGGUGUCACUGCAGCAGCAGAUGGCGCCGCAGGUGCAGUGGCUGCUUCUGCAGCCGCAGGCGCUGCAGCUGCAGCAGCAGGUGCUGCCGCUGCAACAGCAGGCGCCGCCGGUGCAGCCGCAGGUGCUGCCGCUGCAACAGCAGGCGCUGCAGCUGCAGCAGCAGCAGGUGCUGCCGCUGCAACAGCAGGCGCUACCGGUGCAUCAGCAGCAGUUGCUGCCGCUGCAACAGCAGGUGCCGCCGCUGCAGCAGCAGGUGAUGCCGCUGCAACAGCAGGCACUGCCACUGCAACUGCAGGCGCUGCCGCUGCAACAGCAGGCGCUACCGGUGCAGCAGCAGGCGCUGCCGUCUACAGCAAUACAUAUGCAGACGAUUGAACACACAGCCGCAUCAUAUGUGUAUCCAACUGUGACGCCGCUUACGGGCCCAGUCCCCCAUUCUCUCCUUCAGGUCCAGGUACAGGGGACUUCAGGGGUACACGCUUUGCUGGUUCCAUCUGCUGCUGUUGCAGUUAGUGAAGGGGGGCACCCUCCGCAACAUGGCGGUUCAUCUGCUGACAGAGAAGGGCGGAUACCCAUUCCUCGGUACCGCCCUCCAGUACCUCGGCGUUCCGUUUCCCAUCAGACUUCGCAGCAGGAGCAGCUCAAAAUAGAAGACGAAACAGCAGGUCCGGUGCAGCAGCACGACGAAGCAGCAGGUCCGGUGUCCCCUUCAGAAUUUCUGCAGCGUAUAGAUGCACCGGUACACGUGAGCGGGGAGCAGCCUGAUUCUGGGCAUUCUUCUCCCCCCCCUGUAAAGCGAACUAGGCUUGAGGCUCUCUUAGACGAAGACGAAGAAGAAGAUUACACACAGCUUGAUGAAACUGCGGAACAAAUACAAGAAAGCUUUAGUAGCGAUUCCGCUUUGUUGGCCGAUGCAUGGCUUUCUCCCUCCCCCUUUGACGUCUCUUUAGAUUUGCUUCCCCCCUACUCCCGGGUUACUCCAUAG